AUGCCUCCAGGGAGAAGAGGGAAGAGGGCCAAGAAAGCGCCGAGGGAGAGCGGCGCCAGCAGCAUAGAAUCCUUGCCAGACGGUGUCCUUCAGCACAUCCUCGGUUUCCUCCCGGCGCGGGACGCUGUGCGGUCGUGCGUGCUCGCCCGCCGCUGGCGCGACCUCUGGAUGUUCGCGACAGGCCUGCGCAUCACUGGCAAUGGCAACGAAGACGGCAUGAAUGAGCUCCGGGAGUUCGUGGACCAUCUCCUCCUCCCCCGCGGAAUCGCGCCUCUAGAAACAUGCGAGCUCAGGUUCACAGAUAUGGUCGAUACAUUCUCUGACGACGACACUCUUCGUGUGAGCCUCUGGUUUCAGCAUGCUGUGCGGUGCCAGGCUCGAGUCCUCCGGAAAAUUUCCUUAUGUGACUGUCCAGCACUGGAACAACUAGAGAUUGAGAACUGUCAUUUGGCUGAUGUCAACAAGAUCUCCUCAUCUGAAUCCCAACGCCUAAGUGGCACUAAAUGUGCAUUCAGUGAAAACUUCCGCACAGUGCUUGAGAGCAUGCCAUCAUUAGUGGAUGCAUCUAUCAGAAUCGCCCAAAACAAUGUGGACAACUGUGAUAAUUGUGACUCAGGGGAUUGUAACAUCUGUCAUGGUAUCAUACACAGUAACAGCAACUGCAUUCUUUUGGAAGGUUUAUCAAAAGCCACUAACUUAGCAUUGAUAGCUGAAUCGAAAACGUUUGUCUUCAGGAUGGAUUUGAAACGGUGUCCUACAUUUAGCAAAUUGAAGACACUGUUACUCAGUGAUUAUUGGUGUGUAGCUCUUGAUUUGGACGCCAUAACUUGCAUUCUCAAGAACUCGCCACUUCUAGAGAAGCUCACUCUUGAACAUUUUUUAAAGGGAUCUCAGCAUAUGGAAAUGAAAGGAAGCUACAUUCCAGGACAAAGAAUAGAUGCAAUCUCAGAACACCUUAAGAUAGUAGUGAGCAUGGCUCCCGACCCGCCGCUCCACCACCGCCCGCCGCCGCUGCCGCUCCAGGCGCCGUCGCCCACGCUCCUCCGCAGAUCGGCAGCGUCUCGCGCUGAUCCGCUGGUCCCCAUCCACAGCCGCCCACCGGAGCUGGAAUUGGAUGAAGACGACGCCGACGAGGUGCUGGUGGUGGAUUCGCCACCACUGCUGGCCCGGCCGGGCACCACCCAAGCGCCUCCACCACCGGAGAUGCUGCCCAAGUUGCUGCGCCAUCAAACAUGUAUUGACCCCAAUUCCCAUCCAGCAAGCUCCAGUUCGCCGGUUCCCUCUCCAGAUCCGCAUUGGCAAUUUUUCUUCGAUUCACCACCGCCACCUCCUGAAGGGAAGCCUCCCUACCUCGACGAGGUAGAGUUUGUGCCGGCCACGCCGGACCCUUCCGAUUCCUCGGGCCUCUCUGGAGCUUCUCGGGCCAAACCACAGCUGCAACUGGCUCGGAAGCGUGUCACCUUUGAAAUUCCUGCGCCCCAGCAGCAACAAGAUCCAAAAGCUGCUUCUGAUAGAGUUCUGCCUGCCUCUCCACCCUCCUACGCCGAUGUUGUCCGUCGCCCACAAGCUGUGUCAAACAUUCGUGAUCAAGCAGGGCACCUGAAGCUAAAGUCAGUCAUUGUUGCGCCCAAUCCACUGAGUCACGGGAUCCCAUCUUCUUCAGAGAAAGCUACAUCGCACCUGAAAUGGGUCGAAGUCAAGAGUCCAUACUGGUGGAGGAGGGACAAGCAUUCAAGCUGCCAGCCAGCCAUAGAUCAAAGAAGACGAGAUGCAAGCAAUUCCAGGAAGCACAAUUCACCCCCAGACACUCGCUCCUCGGCUUUUCGGCUGUUUCAGGCGAGAACAAAAGGAAGAUGCUUCCGUUGUCUUUCUAGAGACCAUAGGGCAUCUGUUUGCAGGGACCCUGUUCACUGCUUCGUCUGCCACCGUUUCGGACACAAAGCACAUUUAUGCCAGGACAACCUUCAGCUGCAGCGUUAUGUGGCCGCCACCGUGCCAGGCAUAACCUCAACAACUACAAAGCGCCAAUUCAGGGAGAGCGAUGCCCAUGCUGACCACCACAGCGCACGGGAUGGACGCCAUUUCAGGGAGAGCAAUGCCUACGCUGGCCACCACAAUGCACGAGAUGGAAACAACAGCGAGAACCAUGAUUUUAGUGACAACCUCAAACAAAACAGGGUUGAAGAGCUACUGACGCAAGGAAUGGCCACUAUUCAGGACAAGCUCAUGGCACUAAUGGUGAUCCUGUGUAACAACCUCAACGCUUGCCUCGCUGGGCUGGUAAAGGAGCAAGUCCUGCCUGCACUUGCAGCCGUCAAUUCAAAGCUGAGUGGAGCACAAGUAGUACACAGUCAUACUUUGGAUCCAACCGCAGCACAAGACUCACAGGCUGCAAAGGACAUGAACUUCUCACCCAAGCUGACAAUGGGAGGCCCUAUGAAUGCUGGGAAAGAAGCCUCAACCGGCAACAUUUGUACAAAUUUGGUGAGAAAUGCGGCUCUAAUCCCAGUGGCCAACAUCUUCAAGAGAAUCCUGUCAGCUAUUCCUACAGAAACCAACACUGUGCAUCAAGCCCCUUCUGCUGCUGCUUUGUCGGUGGAUGCCGUGGAUCAGGCUCUGCUUCAAUUUGGCUUGAUUGAGGACUCGGCCAUUGUCUAUCAAGGUCCACUCCCCGCUUCGCCAACCAUCAACGCAUCAGCCGCUGACUUUCACCAGCUCUUUGAAGGUUUAGCUCCUGACUUUGCAGAGCAAACUUACAACAACCCUGCCAACUCUAGGCACCAAGAUACUGCAGCAGUCCACGACAAUAGCACGUACAGCCUCUUCAGCAACUCACCACAGUUGGUGUGCCCGGCCCCUGCUCCCCAGCUCGGCAACAUUGGAUGCAGCAGCGCAACAACAGCCCAAGGGAAGAACUUAUCCAACCUCUUCAACAAUCCGCCUGAACCAGUACUCCAGACCCCUGCUCCGAGUACGGUUCCAGCACCUGCGGCACCCCCACGACGCCGAAAUCGUCUCGUAUUUGAUAUGUCCUCAGUUCGGUGUAGUGCACGCCUAUCCAGCAAAAGACCGUUGACACAGAUGCAGCAUGCUCAACGUAACAUGUGCCGCAAGUUGGGAAUUCUCAAUGAACUUGAACCAGUUGAGAUCGCUCUGCAGGAGUAUAUGGCAAUGUUCAGUGGUCCUCUUCCUGCUGACAUCAUUGCUGCUCUGACUGCAAUAUUCAACCUGGAAGAAAGUGUGGACACUGAGCUGGAUGAUGCCCUCAUCGGCUUGGCAGGUGAGGGGGUGGGUGACAUCCAGGAGGCUGACCAGGCUGCUACCUGA